GUCAGAAGACCCGCUGAAAUUCAAAGUUAGUGGAGGAGGCGACUAAAUGCGUAGAACAACAAGGUUUGUUUCUCGUCAGUUAGCGUUGACCUGUUUUACCACUGUGGUUUCAUACAGACGUCUUUUCAGCUCAGUAUGGAAGCUGGCGAGGAAAAUAGUGGCAAUGUCAGCUUGAAGAGACAGAGAGCACCUCUGUCAGAUUCUGAAGACAAUGUCCCCACACCAUCAGAGGUGAAUGAUGGCCAGAAGCGACGCCGCCUGGAGCCAGCAGGUCAGGAGAACUGUAGCCCUAAACCAUCUGGGCACUUGGCUGAGCUGGGGACAAAGCCAGACACACCGAUGGUUCCAUCAGUCCGGUCCCGAGUCCAGCAGCUCUCCCAGAGAAGAGAGGGAGCUCCAGUGACCCAGAGGUGCCUGUCGGAUCCUGGGGCUGACAGCCCAUCAGCCAUCAUCCAUGACAAGGGCUUCAGAGAGCAUCUCCUUGAUGAGGGAGAAUUCAGUCAGCGCAUGGAGCGGUUUAAAGUGCCCGUCUUCCAGGCAGGCCCCACACCGAGCCCUGCCAACCUCGGCCCCAGAACCCGCUCCAACCUUGUAUCUGGCAUUCAUCAGAAACUCCAGGGCACCACGACACCCAGCUCCAAGCAGGCCUCUCGCAUACGGCAGGAACGGGAGCAGGAGCUGAACCAGUUGCAUUUCCAACCAAUCAGUGAGAACGCCUGGCUGAAAAGGAGCAGCUCUGACCCCUCGUUAGCUCAGCAGGGAAGGACCCCUCCUGGCCCCUCAUCUCCUUCUUCCUGGGUCCCUAGAUCUAGAAGGAGAGUUCAGUGGCCUCCCAUGCAGCCUUGGGAUCUGGUUGAUGGUGAUGCUGAGAUGAAAGAUGGCAGCUUCACUGAAGCUCCGACAUCAGAUGUGGAGAAGCCACCUAUAAAUACGACAGAUGCUGAGCUGAGCUCUCAUGAUGAGACCAACACCACUGAAAUAAUUGAUCGGAUGUUCGAGGAGGUGCUGGAAUACGCUGGAAGGAUAGAGGGAGAGAGGGGGGAUGAUGAAGAUGCUGAGGACCGCGAUAGUGGUAUUGGCGCUUGCUCUGGAGACAAAGAUAAAAUGGACACCGAGUCAGAGAAGGAGAAAAGUGAAGAAGAGGGAGAUGCCAAGGAAGAGUGUGACGAGAGCAAGCAGCUUGAAAACAAUGGAGAUGAGCUGCUCACGUUCCCUCCCAGCGGCAUCCUCUCUCCUCUCAGCAAGUCUGUAGAGGCUGUGGUCACCCCUCUGCGGCUAGCAGCAAGCCAAGAGUCGAAUCCUCCAUCUCUGCUCCUGACCCCGGACGAGACCGCCACCCCUCCUGUUGAAUCUGCUCCUCUAUACAGUAUUGACGCCUACCGUACUCAGAGGCAGAGUAAGCUGCCGGCCAUUCAGAGCGUCACCCCCGGGGUCCAGAGACGAGCUCCAGAGAAGUCCCAGCCUCAACAUUCUGUGGACACCAAAGCAAAAAUCCUGGCUCUUAAUGAAGAAGCAGGGAAGCUGCAGACUGUCAUCAACCAGACCCUGCAGGCUCUGAGCUGCUGUACUGAUGAGGAGCAUGGCCGAGGAUCGCUGGAGGAGGCAGAAGCUGAAAAACUCCUGCUGGUCUCCUGUGAGAAACGCUCUGCCCUGCUGGCAGAGGUGGCCAGACUGAGGGAGGAGAGGAACUCUGAGAGUGGAGAGGCAGCAGGGGAGGACAGGGAUUAUGUUUCCCAGCAGCCCUGCAGAGGGACUGUCAGCAUCACAAACAUCCAGCUGCCUCUGAAGGUUGAAUUUGUCUGCUCCUCACACAGCAGGACAGGUCGACCAAGUCACUACUUUUUCGUCCUGAUCCGCUACGGGCCGUGCAACAUCAUCGCCACCCCUCUGGCCACCGCUGCUGACGCUCAGAAAGGAGACACCAUCUCCUUCCCUACGUCUGUCACUCUGAAGGAUAUUCGCUCAUCUUUUGAGAUUGAUGUGGAAGUCUACAGCCUGUCUCAUACUUCAGGUAGUAACUGCAGCGUGGACCGGACCACCACCACCACCAAGUCACGGGUCACACCAAGAAAACUUCUGAACACUAUCACACAGAGAUCCAGUAACACUCUGGCACCUGCUGCUCUCCCUGCUCUCAACACCCGUCGCUCCAGCAACUUUUGUCUGGUGGGCUCUCAUAAGAUCACCUUGGCCUCGCUGGGACAGAGCAAGUUCCCUCUGGACAAGAUGAAACUUGAAGGCAAAAUCAGGAGGCUGCUGGGAGAUGAAUUUCAGGAAAAGGUGCCUUUUCUCUCUCCUCUAGAGGGCAACAUCUACUUAAGACUGGACAGUGAGAGUCACUCUAACGUGCAUCACGAGGGUUUCCUGACAAUGUUUGAGUUGAUCAGCGGGUACGGGGUCUGGCAUCGCCGGUACUUUGUCCUGGACGGAUGCAGCAUGUACUACUGGAACCACCCCAAUGACAGAGAGACCAAGGAAGCAGAGGGCAGCUUCUUUCUGUCCAGCUCUCCCAGUCAGUGUGUCAGGCCUGUCAAGAGGGACUCGUGUGCCCGACCUUUCACCUUCGAGCUGGUGAGCAACGUCCCACACCAGCAGCAGGACGCCAGCCAGGAAGCUUUGGCCAAGUGUUGGUUUUCAGCUGACACCAAACAGGAGAGGCUGGACUGGAUGGAGAAACUCAACCAGGCUCUUCUGGACUUUCACACGUGGAAGCGAGCGUCGGCCCACACAGAGAGUCAGCAGUCAAACACUCUGAGCAGUGGGAACAUGAGGGAGAGCAUACUGUAACUACAUCACCUCACCAGCACACACUCAGAUGCUGUUUCUCCCAGUUUCAGCUCGUCUGGGAUCCAUGAAGGGAUCCUGAUGAUCCGGGUUUAGAUUCUGUGUCUCAGAGCUGCAGGAGAUGAUGAUGAUUCUUUAAAGGCUCUGUUUCACUGCUGAAAUCAAACGGCCAAAUUAUAAAUAUAUAACUAAUGCAUCUCAUGUUGGUUUAUCUUUGGGAGAUAUCUGUUUGAGUUUCUGUUUCUUUCUUUUAAUCUGAAUCCAAUCAUUACUGUUGGUUUUCACUUUUAUUUGCUAAGUUACAGUUUCCAUUUGAAUAUUUUUAGUUUAUCUUCAUCAUAAUUUUGUGGAAGGCAGGUUUUUAUUUUAUUUUUUUUUCUGGGCAAUCAGCUGCUAUUAUUUGGUCACUUUCAGUAGCUAAGGUGAAGCUUCUCUCGUAGCUUAAAUGUGUUUGAAAUAAUUUACACUUCUUUAUAUUUAGAUUCAUAUUUUAUUUUUCUAUCAUUUAAACUGGAAGGAUAAACAAAUGUGUAUAGAUAACUAAUAAACACUGAGGGAGAAGGAAAUCUUUACUAAACUGAUCUUAGAUGAGAAUUUAUGUGUAAUGUCAGGGAACAACACGAAGGAUUCAGAUACUGAGGGAAUGGGAGCUUCAGUAAGAACACGUUUCUGGUCAGGGACUCAGUCGGUCCUUUCUAAGCAGAAGUUAAUGAAGGUUUUUAUUCCAUGGAACCAACAGAUAUUUGGCUGUUAUUUCACUUGUCGUGUUUUUUUGUUUGUUUGUUUGUUUGUUUUUUUGCUGAAACAACCAAUCAGAGUCUGUUUCUUUUCCUCCUGCCGGCACAAAGUGUCACUGGUGUGUUGGGGUUUUGCUUCCUUCUCAGUGUUCACUCACAUGAUCUGUGUUACUGCACAUACAUAAAUCCAUAUAUUUACAUAUGUAAACCUGUAUCAUACAUGUAAUACAUCAGAUGAGAGGAGGUGGAAGGUGAAAGAGGGGGCUGCAGUGAUGCUGCUACAAUGAAUGUAGUCUGUUCUGUCCGGUGACCUGGUUUUUUUUUUCCAUGUCUCACGUCUCCACGUAUCAGUCUGUCACUUUGUUAUAAAUGUUUUCAUGUGAACUUUCAUUCUAUGCACUUAAUGGAAGGCACCAAUAUAAUAAAUGGAAUGAAAUGGCUA